GUUAAGGAUCUUAACAACAUCCGCUUGGAGGCUGGCGGCAGCCUUGUAGCUUAAACUACUUUUUCAUAUAUCUUUAGGAUUAAGAAGGAAAACCGGUUUCUCCUCGUUAUGUUUGGAAAGGUGUGAAGUUUUUAAGAGGUGAUACACUUUCCUGACCUGGUUGUGGAAGCAAGCCUAUGUGGGAGAGGUUCCAGACUAUAGAACAUGCUGAAUAGAAUUACACUUUGCGGUUCACAACAAGAAUAGCAGUGUUUGGGAUCUACAGAUACAUCUCUUUUGCUUGAAGGAAGAUCUUUUCUCCAUUAGAAUCAUGAUGACAAUGGAAGAGCAGCAGCAGCCACAGAAGAAUAAGUUUUACUUGGAAUUACCCAAAGUGGAACUUCAUGCGCACUUGAAUGGAUCCAUUAGUUCUGCUACUAUGAAGAAGCUAAUAGCCAAAAAGCCAGAUCUUAAAAUCCAUGAUCAGAUGACUGUGAUUGAUAAAGGACAGAAAAGAACUUUAAAAGAAUGUUUUCAGAUGUUUCAGCUCAUUCAUCAGAUUACCAGUAGCCCUGAAGAUGUAUUAAUGGUCACAAAAGAUGUUAUUAAAGAAUUUGCUGAUGAUGGUGUCAAGUACCUAGAACUGAGGAGUACACCUAGAGAAGAAAAUACAACAGGUAUGACAAAAAAAUCUUAUGUGGAAGCUGUCCUAGAAGGCAUAAAACAGUCUAAACAAGAAAAUUUGGAUAUCGAGGUGAGAUAUUUAAUAGCAAUAGACAGAAGAGGUGGACCUUCAGUAGCAAAAGAGACGGUUAAACUUGCCAGAGAAUUCAGCCUUUCCUCUGAGGAUACUGUCCUUGGCCUUGACUUGAGCGGAGACCCCUCUGCAGGACAUGGGAAAGACUUCUUGGAACCUCUUUUGGAAGCAAAAAAAGCAGGUCUGAAACUGGCAUUGCAUCUUUCAGAGAUACCAAACCAAGAAAAAGAGACCCAAGUUCUCUUGGGGCUGCCUCCUGACAGAAUUGGCCAUGGGACAUUUCUCAGUUCGUGUGUAGGAGGGUCACUGGAUCUGGUGGAGUUUGUUAAACAGCACCGUAUACCAUUAGAACUCUGCUUAACUUCAAACAUCAAAAGUCAGACGGUACCUUCUUAUGAUCAACAUCACUUUGGUUUCUGGUAUGGCAUAGCCCACCCUUCUGUAAUAUGUACUGAUGAUAAGGGUGUUUUUGCAACACACCUUUCUCAAGAGUACCAGCUAGCUGCUGAGACAUUCGGUUUGACCCAGACACAGAUGUGGGACCUCUCCUAUGAAUCCAUCAAUUAUAUUUUUGCUUCCAGCAGCACCAAAUCUGAACUAAGGAAGAAAUGGAAUAAUAUGAAGCCAAAAUUCUUACAUUGUUAAGUUUUGGAGAUAAAAAGGGAGACUCUAUAGGAAGUCACAUCAUGGUCCUUGGAAUCCAUUUGGAACCACUUUGCAGUCCUACCACCUGCCUUGCAUCAGUGAUUAGGAUAUUCUCCAAGAGUCUAAAUCAGGGGUCCUUAAUCAGUAGAUUACAGCCCAUUGAUAGCUGAAGAAGCCUUACUUGGCUGAUUUCUGGUUUGUUUGCUGUUAAUAUUCACCACUUCCACCCCUACCCCCUCCAAGAGGUUAUAGGAAAGGGAACUAGCCUAAUCAGUAACUUGUACCACAAGCCAUGUUCUCCAUUGCCUACUCAGUAAUCAUAAGGUUUUAGAGAGAUCAUCCUUUUUUCCUUUCAUUUAUUCCCCAAAUAUCCCAGUAGCAUUAAAGCUGAUGAUCACAUCUGGAUCUCUCCUAAUGAGCCUGUAAGAAAAGAGAAGCAGCAGUCUCUAAUGUAAAUUUCUCUUGCCCACUUGGACUACCUUAAGAGGCUGUAAGACUCAUUAACAGUUCUCCAUUUCCUUUGCCCAAUCUGAAUUGAUCCCUGUGAUAGCAGCAGUACUGCCAAAGAUCCUCCAGUUCCACUGUCUUCUAAGACCCUGCUCUCUCAGGAAAGAAACUGCUAUAAAACAAAUAUAUGCAUAGCAACUUCAACGGGAGGUGGGACCAAACUAAUAAAAACUACUGAACUGGAGGAAGAAAUAACCAAGUAGGGUAGGAUGGAGGCAUACUUGUCUUGCUCUCUAGAUAUCCCACUAUAAUUUGGUAUAUGAAAAGAGCUACCUGAUUCUACCUAAACAUCUGCCAUGUGCUACCCUGUUUCCUCCAGUAUCUCAUCCCUCCCAGAUUUAAUUGGUGAUAGCUGUUGCUAUUCCCAUAAGUCGUGACUAAUGAGAAGAGGCCAGGGAACACAGGGUGGUCCUGGGUACAACUGCUAUUAGGCCCAGAGCUCCAUUCUGCUCUGCUCUGAUCAGAAUUGCUAACUUCACAUCUGGUGUACAAAGCCACGGCCAGAUUUAGCCGUACUUUCUUAAGGAUCGUUAUUCUAUCUUAUUCUUCAUGCUUCCUUGUAGCCACUAUUAGCCACUCAUUUUCUCCUAACAGUUUACAAAAAGUCUGACCUCAGGAAGUUUUUCUUUGAGAGCUGAGACACAGUCAUGAAGCCAAAAAAAAAAAAAUCUGAAAAGCAGAUGAACUGUACAGACAGGGGUAUGAGUGCUUAUAUACAUUGGUUUCCUUAAUGGUGUGUUCCCCCAAAUGAUAGGUGAAUAAAUUGAAUCUUAAUUAAAAUUUAUUUGGUGAGCUUUCUAUUUCAAGGAAGCCUACUGAA